AGGAUGACAUCUGGUGUAUUGACUGUGGCCAGCCUUAAAUCUGGGUAUUGCCGUUUGGAAUGUGCUGCUGAAAACCAGAUCUAAAAGGGCUUUUCCAAUUACUUCGCAGCCUAUUCUGUCUCUUGUUUCAGAGGGAAGAGAAGCUGAUUUAGUAGCUGAAAUGGAUGCAAUUCUAAGUUACAGGUCCGAAGACACUGAAGAUUACUACAUGCUACUGGGAUGUGAUGAACUAUCUUCGGUUGAACAAAUCAUGGCAGAAUUUAAAGUCAGAGCCUUGGAAUGUCACCCUGACAAGCACCCUGAAAACUCCAAAGCUGUGGAGACUUUUCAGAAACUGCAGAAGGCAAAGGAUAUUCUGACUAAUACAGAGAGUCGUGCCCGCUAUGACCACUGGCGAAGGAGCCAGAUGUCGAUGCCAUUCCAUCAGUGGGAAGCUUUGAGUGACUCGGUGAAAACGUCAAUGCACUGGGCUGUCAGAAGUAAGAAAGAUCUGAUGCUGGAAGAAUCUGACCAGCCUCAUACCGACAAGAUUGAAAAUGAGGAAUGGAACAAGCAAAGAGAAAUAAAGAAAGAGGAGCUGGGUUCAACCACAGAGAAAAUGGAGGAAAAGGAAUCCAAGUCCUUGGAGAAGUCAUUCUCCCCACAAAAUCCCAAUUCUCCAAGUCUUUCAGAUGUGAACUCUUGGCACUUACGUUUCCGCUGGUCUGGGGAUGCUCCCUCUGAACUCCUGAGGAAAUUCAGAAAUUAUGAAAUAUGAAAAGUCCCUGCUCGAUAGGAGAGAAAGCAAGACCAUCUCCUGUGCUGCCAACGAGUCUUUGUUUAAAUCUGAAAAAAUGUUAUGUUUCUCUGCCGUGUUUGAGAAUCGCUCAGUACAGAUUGAUUCCUCCAUCCUUACACCCAUUCUAUCACAAUGUGUUUUUUUAAAUGAGAAAAUUUUCAGACUAGUUUCUUUCAAUAUUUGAAUACAUUAAAGCUCUUAGAUCCAAA